CAUAAUUUGGCUAUGCUAGUGAGUGUCGGUACCGAAGCAGUAAGAAUCUUUAUCUUAGGUGUCAUAAGCUUUACCUGCUUCGUCCGCUUCACUUUUUUCUAUAUACCUAUACACGGCAAAGAAUGUUGGGGGCGAUGGUGGCUUGAAACGUGAGUGAUGAAACGAAGUGAACCAGAUGGUCGGGUCAGCACAUAUCAUCAGAUAUCCGACUUUAAUUUUUCAUUCUAUCUAUUCUACUUAUUAGUAUGUCAUGGGACUUAGCCUCGUCAUACCUACGCGGGAGGACCAAUCCUCAAAAUUGAGAUGUGACGAUGUUCUGAAAAAAGGGGGUUAAGUUACCAGGAAGAUAUCGAUAACAGGUAACUACCAAAAUACAUACAACAGUACCUAAGCAAACCAGCUGCUGUCAACUGUUCGUCGUGCCCCUCCAUACAUACAUAUGUACCUAAUGUAUGUACCCCUCUCCGCUAGUGAAACCUAGUGAAACCCACUAUCAGUUAUCAUCCCAAGCACCUACACUAUGUACUGCAUAGGUAGCUGCAGUAUCAUCACCAUCCACCCCGGCGACUUGGAUUUAUAACUCUCUCAAUACUAAAAAACGGAAUUUCGGAAUUUGCCAACGGGGUAACCAAUAAAAAUGGCCUCUCCAAGCGGUAGUCAACCAGCAUCAUCAAGCUUCGUAGAAACCGUCAAGCUCGAACACGUGCCUUCAACAUAUACAGUUCUCCUUGGUCUCUUUAAGGACGUCACAAACGCCGAGUUCUUACAACAGCAACUGCUUAGCCGGAAUGCUGAGUAUGAGUAUGCCUUCAUCGACGCUAGUUCUGUAAUAUCGCGCGUUCAAGUCUUAGCCGCCGUAUACAAAGCGAUAACGAUACACAUGAGCGGUAGCAUGAAAACGCCCAACGUUCAUUCUGAGAUUGUGUGCUCCCUCAGUCCAAACAAUAAUAUCUCAGAAGCUUACCGCCGCUUCGGUAUCACUCCAAGUAGCAAAGACCUAAUCGUCAUCAAAGUACUAAUAUCAUCCUCCGCCUUUACUCCCGAAGCAGUACAGCAGCACCUCCUCGACAACGUUCAAGGCACACCCGCCCCAUUCACAGACGAGGUCCUGCAAUCGGGCCUUACGGACCGGGCCAAGGUGCGCAAGUACUACAAGCUGAACGGUGUUGGCUGGCUAGACGGCAUUAAGGACGAGUCCCUCCAACGUAGGGAGACCGAGCUACUGGUGCUUGGGAGCAUGGCACUGAGAAGUCUUUAGUUAUAGAUCUUAAGACGAGACGCGAAAAGGACGUAGUUUAGGUAACCACGUAUAACAUUAAUAGG